AUGCCCAAAGGGGUUCGACCUGUGGGGCCCCGGGGGCCCCCGGGGGCCCCUGGGGGCCCCGGGGCCCCCGGGAAAGCUGAGGACGGGGGGGCCCCCUCAAGGGGUUCGACUGAGUUUGCUUAUGCAUACAAACGCAGCCCUGCAGCAGCAGACAAUGAAAAUCUGCUGCUGCUGCUGCAGGAGCAGCAAGAGGAGCAGCAUGUGGAUCUGCAGCAGCUGCUGCAGAAGGAGAAGUUGCUGCAGCAGCAGCACCAGAUGCUUCUAAGACAGCAGCAGCAGCACCUGCAGCAGCAGAGGCAGCGGCAGCGUGCAGCAGCUCAGGUGUCUAGGGAUCUCCUCUUCUCCUUCCCGAGCCAGUCUCUGCAGCAGCAGCAGUUCGAUGCUCCUAUCCAUCAUUCUUCUCCUUCCACUGCAGCAGGGCAGCUCACCUCACCUGCAGCAGCAGCAGCAGCAGCAGCAGCAGCAAGAGCCGAUGCAGCAGCAGCAGCAGCAGCAGAAGGGGAGUUUGCUGCUGCAGCAGCAGAUGUCUCAUCGCCAUGCGGCCUUCCUCUCAGUCCCUGCGGCCUCAAAAAUAUUUCGCUUUCUCCUGCUGCUGCUGCAGUGGGGCAGCAGCAGCUUUUUGCUGAUGCAGCAGCAGCAGAAGCCGAAGCAGAAGCAGCAGCAGCAGCAGCAGCAGCAGCAGCAGAUGCUGCAGCAGCAGAUCCUGUGCUGCUGCAGCGCCCCUUCCGCAGCCGCCGCGAUAUGGUGUCUUCGGUCCCCUCAUGGGGCCUCAAAGGAGCAGAGACAGCAGCAGCAGCAGCACCUGCUGCUGCAGCAGAUGUCUCAUCGCCGUGCGGCCUUCCUCUCAGUCCCUGCGGCCUCAAAAAUAUUUCGCUUUCUCCUGCUGCUGCUGCAGCGGGGCAGCAGCAGCUUCUUGCCGAUGCAGCAGCAGCAGAAGCCGAAGCAGAAGAAGCAGCAGCAGCAGCAGCAGCAGCAGAUGCUGCAGCAGCAGAUCCUGUGCUGCUGCGGCGCCCCUUCCGCAGCCGCCGCGAUAUGGUGUCUUCGGUCCCCUCAUGGGGCCUCAAAGGAGCAGAGACAGCAGCAGCAGCAGCAGCAGCAACAGCAGCAGCAGCACCAGCAGCAGCAGCAGCAACUCCAGCAACAGCAGCAAACCCGUUGUCUUUGUGCAUGCAUCCCCCUGCUGCUGAGAAGGGAAAUUCGUUAGCAGCACCGCAGCAGCAGCAGCUGCCGCUGCUGCCUUCGCGGUCGCUGCUGCAGCACCAGGGGCACCCUGCUUCUGCUGCUGCUGCUGCUGCUGCUCCUGCUGUUGCUCCUGUUGCUGUUGCUGCUGGCGGUAGCAGCAGAAGCAGCGGCGGCAGCAGCAGAAGCAGCCACAGGAGCAGCAGCAGCAGGCUUCACGAUCGCCACGGGCUGAGUGGUUUUCCUGCUGCUGCUGCUGACACCCCUGCUUCUUCUGCUGCUGCUGCUGUGCAGCAGGCUUCACGAUCGCCACGGGCUGAGUGGUUUUCCUGCUGCUGCUGCUGA